GUUCCACUCUUUCCAUUCUCUAUAUAUUUGUGUAUUUUUAGUACUGAUGAUAAGUGCAAAGACAAAUCCCAACAAGUGAUUGAGACAGAAAAUCUUGAGAAGAGAAACAAUCAUCGAUCUGAAAGAUGGCAGAAGGCAACGAAUUCCAAAUUCCAAGAGUGAAACUGGGCAGUCAAGGCCUUGAGGUCUCAAAGUUGGGAUUUGGAUGUAUGGGCCUGACAGGAGUCUACAAUUCUCCUCUCUCUGAUGUGGAUGGAAUCUCAAUAAUAAAGCACGCUUUCAGUGAGGGAAUCACUUUCUUUGAUACAUCUGAUGUUUAUGGACCCCAUACUAACGAAAUUCUGCUUGGAAAGGCCUUGAAGCAGUUGCCAAGAGAGAAAAUUCAAGUAGCCACCAAAUUUGACAUCCAAAGAGUGGGAUCUCCUCACAUUACAGUGAACGGUAGCCCUGACUAUGUUCGCUCAUGCUGUGAGGCUAGCUUGAAGCGUCUUGAUGUGGAAUACAUUGAUCUAUAUUAUCAGCAUCGGAUUGACACGAAUGUACCUAUAGAAGAAACUAUAGGCGAACUUAAGAAACUGGUAGAGGAGGGAAAAGUCAAAUAUAUUGGUCUAUCUGAAGCCAGCCCAGACACAAUAAGGAGGGCACAUGUUGUGCAUCCCAUCACAGCUGUACAAAUGGAGUGGUCUCUCUGGACUCGUGAUAUCGAGGAAGAGAUAAUUCCACUUUGCAGGGAACUUGGCAUUGGAAUAGUUCCAUACAGUCCUCUUGGUCGUGGUUUUUUUGCUGGCAAAGGAAUCGUGGAAAGCUUCGAUGCAAACAGUACCUUGGCCAUGUAUCCUCGGUUCCAGGGAGACAAUUUGGAGAAGAACAAGACCGUUUAUACCCGAAUAGAAAGCCUUGCUAGAAGGCACCAAUGCACUCCUGCUCAGCUAGCACUAGCAUGGGUACUUGAACAAGCGGAUGAUGUUGUACCCAUACCAGGGACAACUAAGAUAAAAAACCUGGAUGACAAUAUUGGCUCUUUGAAGAUGAAACUUACAGAGGCAAACCUGAAAGAGAUAUCUGAUGCUGUACCCAACGAAGAGGUAGCUGGUAGUAGAAGCUUUCAAAACAGGGAUCAGUUCCAAUGGAAGUUUGCUAACACUCCUCCAAAGAAUUGAUUGUCUCAACUUAUACUGUCAUGGAUGUUGUCCACUUCACUUUGAUAAGGCGAUGCUUUUGUGGAUCGAAUGGCUUAAUAAACCAUCUGUAUCAUUCACGCUGCUAAGUUAGCGACACGAUUAUAUAAACUUUUUGAGAAUGCACUAAUAUUGUUGCUUUGUAUAACGCAUUAUGGUAAAAGUUGAAAAAACUUUUGGGUUUGUUUGUUAA